AUGGAUGACGAUGCGGCCCGUCCUUCACUUCGAACCAGUUUGCGGAUAGGACCAAACAAUGCUUACCUACAUAACCGGCCGGACUUGGGGUCAUGUUUGAUCUGCUCUGGUGAGGAAGUUGUUAUGACAACCGACGACCCGGUCAACCGUCCCCUUCCCAACUACAAUAUCCUUGAAAUGCAGUGGUUCCUACAACGGGUAUGUGCCAUUGCCGCAGCCGCCGAGAUAGACGAUGAUCUUGAGGACGGCGACUUCUUCGAGGAUGCUGGUAGUUAUGAUGAAACAGUGAUUGAUGAAUGA